CUUCUUCAUUAGGUUACACUGCUAAUACAGAUCAAUUUCGAGAUAACCUAGUCAAGUUCUGUGUGGUACUUCAAUAUUGUGUGUUGUUGAGAGAGAAAGCGUGACCGCAUGUGUGUUUUGUGCAUGCUUGUUGUAUGUGCGUGCCUGUGUACUGUAUUGUGUGUAUGAUGUGCGCGUAAUUAGGCGUGUAAUUGUGAUUCAUCUUAAUGAACGUCAUUGUUUACUGCCCGUCUCUACGUGAUGGCCACUCAGGAAGUGACCUUAGUUCGAGCCCCAUAGCCGCUGACUCAGGGUUUCUGUGAUGCUUACUGCUGAACCAAGAUAAAAGCGAAAAGUGAAGGGAAUGACAAGAGCAGAUCAGGGAGAUAUCUACUGGGUCUGCUCCAGGGCUUUGUCCCUUUAACCCUCUCUUCUGCAGAGUCAUCCUCAACACAAUGACAUAACCACAUCAUUAAGUCCACACUGCCUUUAUCUCGACCUCACCGUUUUUCAAAGAGUUGAAAAAGACACGGGUGCAUCAGAGUUCUCCCUCACUAACUUUUAAUUAAAUAAAUGGGAUGCAUCAGUGGCUUCGCUAAAAGAGGUUCUCGGUCUCAGUAGUCUCACUGCAAUCGAAGAAUGAGUACACCUGACUCAUGCUCACACAGCCUGUGCAGUGUGCAACCACUGCAGUGCUCCCUAAACAUCCCCCUUCUAGACCAUGUUUCCCCUGUGAAGAGAGCUUCUCGUCUCACAGUCUGACAAAGAGCAAUGGUCAAGAGCAAUCAUUCCGUUCAAUGUUUCUGGUUAAUGGUCACAAUAGGUUGUCCAGAGAAUAGAAGUCCCCUCUUUUCCUGCAACAAAAUUGAGUGGCUCAAGAGAUCAAGGAUAAUAGUCUUUCGCACCAGACUCAUAGGCUCUCUUUUCUCAGCUGCACAGCUGUUGACAGCAACUACCUCGACACCAACACAAACAUGACCCCCCGUUUGGUGCCCUUGCUAUUCAGUGCCCCCCAAGAACCUGUAGACCAGGGGUAGGUAACUAGAUUCAGCUGCUAGAUGAUUUUUGUCUAAGUGGAUGGUCGGGGGGGCCGUAACAUAAUAUAAUAAUUUGUACACUGCAAAUUGAGACAUGAUCACGUCUCUUUUAUUAUUCGUGAGAAUACUUAGCAACAGAUUAUUUUCUUUUAACCAAAAACUGCUUCGGACUGUAGGGUCGCUAACCCUAAAAUAAUUGCUUGGCAUACAAUGGCCUAUACAAUUUCAAUGUGCAUAAUAGAGGGAGGAAGUUCACAUGGCAGCCCCAAUGUGAAAUGACAUACAGUGGUGGGCAGCAGACAUUUACGCAGCAUCAUGCUGCACACAGAGUGUUCUACACAGAACCAUUCUGUAAACAGUGUGUUCUACGCAGUUCUACACAGCAUCAUUCUGGAUGCAGUGUGUUCUACACAGCACCAUUCUGUACACAGUAGCUGUGUUUGAAUACCCAUACUAACAUACUGUAUAGUACAUGCUACAUACUAUUAGUUCAUUUUAGUAUAAUGUAAACAAACGGUCUCCUUUCAGUUGAGAGUACUAGCGCUUUGCCUGUCUACCGGAAGUUGAUGCUGUUGCUAUGCAACUUCUUGCUAGCUUGUUAGCAUAGCUAACAAGUUACUAGCUUGACAUCUUACAACUUCAUUAACAAUGUCUAUUGAGAACGCACAUGGACUAUACCACCUUGCUAAGCCAAGAAUGACUUGAAUAAUCAAGUCAAUAAACAUUGGGUAGUUAGUUAGAUAGCAUAUAGUUAAUAUACUGGCGAGUUCAAUAUAUUAAUAGCCAACCAACGUUAGGACGGUAGCUAGCUAACAUACCGGCGGUACAUACAAGCAACUGCUGUAAUGAUAUGCUAUGCGGUGCAUAAGGCUAGCGAAGCUAACAAAUUGUCAGACAGCAUAACAUGUAACUUAAUUCAUUUGAAAAGUCAAUACUUUAUUACAUUGCUUAACUUUUUUUAAACAUUUGUCAUAAUUAGUUGAAGGAAUGAAUUAGUAUCUGCUCUCGUUGGACUUCAUAUUUUCCAUAAUUUAUUCCAAAUCUGAAAAUGUUGUUAUGCCACGCUCAUUUUCUGAAGAAUUUCAUUAUAGGCCCCAAAAGCACGGAUGUAUUGUCCACUGCUUGUAUACUUAGUAUUUGGGCAAAUGUGGUAGGACAUAAGGCAACUUUUGGCAUACUAACUAUAUCCAUACUAUGACUAAUAAUCAUAGUACAUACUCAAUUUACAUUACAAAUAGUAUGGUUAGUGGGUUAGCAUGAGUAUUCGAACACAACUAGUGUGUUCUACACAGCACCAUGCUGUACAGUGUCAUGGUUCCACCUGUCACCAGAAACUAUGAGACAUGAGAUGAAUAAGGCACUAGAGGGACAUUUACUGUUUGCAACUGAUUGUUACGCUCUCAAUUCCAGUGCAGUUAGACAUAAACUUUCAUGACUCAUCUGAAACCCCCUCUUAAAUUCUUUCUCAGAACAGGGACCUGGUCCUACUGCUUUUCAGUGACUAGGAAAACAGCUGUUCCGUAACAACAGAUCUAUUCAUAGCUAAUAUACUGAGUCGCUCAGUCUUAAUUUGGAAUGUGGAACAGCAUGCGUACCGAAGGUACGCUGGGCCUCAGUGUACAUCGACAGCACCUCCGUGUAGCGCUAGAGCAUUCAGCAAGGCAAGCAACCCAUGUAAAAAAAAACUUCUCUAGGUCUGCUCUCUUAUUUAAAUCAUCAAAUGGAACGUCUGGACAUACCGGAAAAAGUAGAUCAGCCACAUUAGACAAUGGCCAUGAACAGUGUCUCAACUAUCUGUGGGAUAUGUCACACACACACUAUCUUCAGAGAAGAUCACUCAGAUGAAAAGCACAAGCCAAACAUUUAUACCUGACAUUUCUUUAUAUCCUAUUCCCACUCCUCCGUGUGUGAUCAAAUUACAACUCUGCCGUCAAGUGGGAGAUAGAUUUUGUUCCUGGAUAAGUGUCGAAACAAACUGCAGGUUAAAGAUAUAUAAACCACAGAGUUAUCAUGGGAAAUCAUCCCUUCACAACGACACUAUGAAAGACAGUUAUUAUGGCGUUGCCAAGUUAUACUUGUAGGGAUGGAGAUAAAUGUAGUAAAUCAGCCAUUCCAAGAUCCCUCUAAUACACGUUGUUUCACAGUAAUGUUGAUUUCUGAAGCGUUGGCCUGUUGCCGUAGAUAUAAAAGACAGUCUCACUACUCCCCCUGGUGGGUGAAUGCUGAAAUCCCUGGCAAGGUUUGUGGGCGAUGGUAGAGAAGUGCUGUGGGAUUCGAGGUUGAUUGGCACACACAGUCUGUUUAAAGCCAUCUGUUAUACAUUCAGUUAAAAAAGGGAAGCGGUGCCAGAAUAUGAGACAAAACUGAUUGUCUGUCUUGUUUCGAUGAACACAACGACAAUGCGGUCUACACUUCAUACCCUUCUCACAGUCUCUCUGUUGGCAUUGUGUGAUGGCGUCACGGAGACAGUGGUUGGUGUUGCAGGUAGGACGGCAUCUCUGACCUGCAGGUAUGACACUGCUACCCUGGGUCUGACAGAGGUGUGCUGGGGGAGAGGAGCACAGCCGUCUCUCUUCGGCUGUGAGAACACAGUCAUUGCUACUAAUGGAGUAGAGGUAACCUACAGGAGGUCCUACAGACACAGGUUACCAGGGAAGCUUCAGAGUGGAGAUGUCUCUCUCAUUAUCUACAACGUCGGAGAGGGAGACUCUGGGUUCUACCACUGCCGUGUGGCGCUAUCAGGACUGUUCAACGACCUGACGCACACUGUUCAUUUAAUUGUUCGACAAGCACCUGUCGUACCAACUGUCAUCCCAACUGUCGUACCAACUGUCAUCCCAACAGUACCAGCCCAACUCCUGCCCAUCACAGACACAUCUGGGUCCUCUGUUAUACCAGAUAAUAACAGACAAGCACCUCUCAUCCCAACUGUCACCCCAACUAUUGUCCCAACCGCGACAGAAGAACAACCACUGCCCAUCACAGAAACAUCUGAGUCCCCUUUCACACCAGAGAAGAGCAGAGAAGGUGAGAAAGGUCCCGAUAUCCUUUAUGACUGCACUACAGGCCCAAUAAUAGGUCUUGUCAAGGGAAUGAAGCAGAAAAUGGCAUCUCCAUCUCUGGAUAGCUACAUAGGACACACUGUCCGAGUGGGAGCAAUCGCCUUCAUCCCUGGUCUGAUCCUAGCAGUUCUUCUUCGUCUGAGACGGUCCAGAAAUAGCAGAGUCAGAGGAGAACCUGCCAGUUCCCCCAGUGUCAGCAGCAGGAACCCUAGAGCGGAAAUACCCCUCAGUCACCAUGAUACAGAUGCCUGGAUCUAUGAUGCUCCUACAGAUGUGUAGACUCAUCAAAAUACAUUAUCAUGUGUACUAUUUCACUCAAUAAUUCAUUAAGUAUUUAGAGAACUAAAAUAAUUUAGCGUAGGCACUCAGUUCUUCAGUUUUUCAACACGAUGUGACAUUGCCAAUGUAGGACCACUCAUAAGAGGUUACUAACACUGAGUUGCACCCCCCCCCCCCCCCACCUACUAUUAUACCCUGUUUAAAGGCACUUACAUUUUUUGUCUUGCCCAUUCACCCUCUGAAUGACACACAUACAUAAGCCAUGUUUCAAGGCUUAAAAAUGAUUUUUCAACCUGUCUCCUCCCCUGCGUAUACACUGAUUGAAGUGGACAAGUGACAUCAAUUAGGGAUUAUUGCUUUCAGCUCGAUUCACCUGGUCAGUCUAUGUUAUGGAAAGAGCAGGAAUUGCUUAUGUUUUGUGUACUCUAGCUAUGUUAUCUAGCCAUGUUUUUCUUGUGAUGAGGUGUAAAUGAAAAGAUAAAUAAAUAUCACUCAAGAGAAA